AUUUCCUCCUCCCUUCUUUCUCUUCUCCUCCUCACCCCUCCACGUUUCUUUGAGUCGUUCCUCACCAUGAACCUCCGCCAAAUCACCACCCACAACCUCUCCACCUUCCGCCAUCACUAUGUCUCCGAAAUCUCCGGCUCCCUGGGCGACCUGGGCACAUUUCUGCCCAUCGCCAUCGCCCUGGCCGUGAACAACACCGUCUCGCUCUCCAGUACCCUCAUCUUCUCUGGCCUCUUCAACAUCCUGACCGGCCUUUUCUUUGGCAUCCCCCUACCCGUACAGCCCAUGAAAGCCAUUGCCGCCGUGGCUAUCGCACGCAACUUCUCCAACGGCGCCAUUGCCGCCGCCGGGCUCUUCGUCGCGGGCUUCAUUCUCCUCUUCAGCGUCACCGGCUUGCUCACUCGCUUCGCCAAUGCCAUUCCCAUCCCCAUUAUCAAAGGCAUCCAAGUUGGCGCCGGCCUCUCUCUCAUCAUUGCCUCGGCCAACUCCCUCCUCUCCUCCCUGAACUGGUUCUCCCCCUCGUGGGCCGACAACCGCCUCUGGGCUUUGGCCGCCUUCCUCUUCCUCAUCACCACCAAUGUCUACCGCACCGUCCCCUAUGCCCUCAUCGUCUUCCUUGUCGGCCUCCUCUUCGCCAUCAUCGUCUCUGCCCUCGCCUCGGAUCUCCCCGCUCUCACCAUCUGGCAUCCCUACACCGUCCUCCCCACCCCACACGAAUGGUCCCUCGGUGCCCUCGACGCCGGCAUUGGCCAGAUCCCCCUCACCACUCUCAAUUCCAUCGUCGCCGUCGUUCACCUCGCCCAUGACCUUCUCCCCAACCACCCCACCCCCACCAUCACCUCCAUUGGCCUCAGCGUCGCGGGGAUGAACCUCCUCGGCUGCUGGUUCGGUGCCAUGCCCGUGUGCCACGGCUCAGGCGGUCUCGCCGCCCAAUACCGCUUCGGCGCCCGCUCCGGUGCCAGCAUCAUCUUUCUGGGCGUCUUCAAACUCCUCAUCGGCCUCUUCUUUGGCGAAUCCCUCGUCGGCCUCCUCAAGCGCUUCCCGACCGCCCUCCUCGGCAUCAUGGUCAUCGCUGCCGGCCUGGAACUGGUCAGCGUCGGCGAGAGCCUGAACACCACGGGCGCAAGGGAUCUUCGUAAGGCCGGUCACGGACUCAUCGGCGACGGACUCAUCGGCAACGAGGCGCAAGAAAUCGGUCCCAUGUUGAGCGAUUACGAGCGGAAGAAGCGCUGGACUGUGAUGAUGGUGACGGUGGGGUUGUUGGUCGGGUUUAAGAAUGAUGCGGUGGGCUUUGUGGCGGGGUUGUUGUGUCAUUGGGCGUUUGAGAUCCCGGCUCUUGUGGAGAGGGUCAAGGCACGUUGGGAGGGGAGGAGAGGGGUGAGAUUGGAGUAGAUGGGUGUCAAUCGCCUUGGCUGGUGUUGUCAUUGAGCACUAGAUAGGAUGUAUAUACGUGAUCAAUGAUUGUUAGUUCUCUUUAUGAAAUAUGAAAGGGAUGAAGCAUGGAGUGUGGUCGCACAAUGGGGAUGCCUGAUAGGCUCGAUAUCUCCAAUCUAACAUCAUCUUUUACACGUUCAAUGUUAUGGUCAGUCCGUGUGUCCACAGAGCUGAUUAACCACAGGCCGCUGCGCUUGGCUUGUUUCCGAC